CUUCCCCUCAGCAUUCUGUCCCCGUGCCUGACCAUGGCAAUAUCUCCUCUACUGCGCUGCUUGCUGUGGAUGUCUGUAUAUGCCGCUGCCUCAGCUCAAACUCCAUCGUUCCUAAUUACUGCUCCUCGUCUUCUGCACCUGGGUUUGGGAGAAGAUGUAUGGGUGCAGAUGGAGUGGCCAGACACCACCGUGGCUCCCAAUGAAGUCAAAGCGGAAAUGUUCUUGCGGAACCAGAAUAACGAUAAGGAAUGCUCUAAGCGGCACACUGCCACGCUGAGCAAAGGAAACGGCUAUAUCAUAAAGCAGACGAUAGAGCUCAGCCCUAAGAUGGCCUCCGCCUGCAUGCUGGAUAAAAGGAGAACUCAGCAAUACGUUCAGCUGGUUGUUAGCAGUUUAGUCUUUGGCUCACAACAGAAAGUGGUCUCCAUUCCUGUUUCAUACAAGAGAGGCUACAUCUUUAUACAGACGGACAAAAGCAUAUACACCCCCAAAGAAGCCGUUAAUAUCAGGGUGUUCACGCUGGAUCACAUGAUGAGACCCACGGGGGACCAAAUAAUUUGCACAGUGUCUAACCCAGAAGGCUUACAAGUGAUGAAGAUACAACGAGUUCCUGAGAAUGCCGUCGUGAACUACAGACUUCCAAUUCCGGAUAUCUCAACCGCUGGGGUGUGGACAAUAUCAGCGUAUUUCCUCACUGCUCCAGAGUCAAACUUCACAUCAGAAUUUGAAGUGAGAAAAUAUGUUCUCCCGAAUUUUGAGGUAAAGAUAGUUCCGGAACAUCCCUAUUUCCUGAUUAAUAAUAAGGAAUUUAGAGUGAAAGUAGAAGCCAGAUAUGUGUAUGGAGAGCCUAUCGAUGGCGUGGCCUACAUCCGCCUGGGAAUAAUAAAUCAGAAAGGGGAGAAGACUAUUCUACAAGGCUUGGAGCAGCACGUGAAGUUGGUGGAUGGAGAGGGCACCGUCCAGAUCCAUAAAGAUGGUAUUGUGAAGAAGAUUAACCAACCAGAAGAAAAUUUAUUGGAGUCCACCUUGUACAUUGCAGUCAGCGUGAUGGAGAAGGCCUCUGGAACUCUGGAAGAGACAGAACUUACCUCCGUGAAGUUUGUCACUUCCCCCUAUAAAUUGGAUUUAUCCAAAACAAAGAAAUAUUUUAUCCCCGGAUUUGCAGCACUGAUUGUGGCAGAGGUCACGUAUACCGGUGGCUCCCCGGCAAUAGGUGUUAAGGUCAAAUUCUCUAAAUCUAAAGUUGAUCUGGACUCCUUGCAGACCGAUGAGGAUGGACUAGUGACAUAUGCGAUCAACACGGAAGCGCAGACAAAGUCCUUGGACGUUACGAUCACAGCGGGUGGAGCAGAAGGGCGGCAGGAGGAAACAAUAAAUCUUAUUCCCUAUACCUCUAAAACGAACAGUUUCCUCCAUUUGGAAAUAGUCAGCAAAGUGCUGAGCCCUGGAGAAAAUCUCAAGGUGACAAUGAAGGUGCAUACGCCCAACCCUGAAAGUGUCAAGAAAGUAUAUUACAUGGUGCUCAGCAAAGGGCAGACCCUAGAUUUGAAGUCCAUUUCCAGAAGUGAUCUCAUGGUGACGACAAUCCCUGUCACUGCCAAAAUGGUUCCCUCCUUCCGAAUUAUCGCCUACUAUUACCUGAACUCCGAGAUUGUGGCCAACUCAGUUUGGGCGGACGUCACUGAUGUCUGUGAAGGCAAGCUGCUAAUUACAACAGAUGUAGCCGGCAGAAUAGAACCGGGGAAAAGCUUCCAUCUGACAUUGGAAACUGACGAUAGCAUGUCCGUGGCAUUGUCUGCCGUGGACACAGCUGUCUAUCUCCUGAAUUCCAAGAACAAGCUGACUCCUAGCAAGGUAUUUAAGGCUAUGAAUGCGUAUGACUUGGGCUGCUCUGCCGGAGGAGGGAAGGAUUAUAAAUCGGUCUUCACAGAUGCCGGUUUAGCAUUUGUUUCCUCCGCAGGAUAUAGUGACUUCAAUGAACUUGGCUGCAAAAUUUCACAAAGGAAGAAGCGCUCGAUAGAUUUCCUGUCCCUCGCAAAGAACAAAGUGAAUCUGUUCUCCUCUCCGAAUCAGAAAAAGUGCUGCAUGCAAGGAAUGACGCUUUUGCCCCCGCUGAUGGAACGGGAUUGUGAGAAGCGAGCUAAGCGCAUCCCGAAUGAUCAGUGCCGUAAACCCUUCCUUGACUGCUGCAAAUAUGCUGAGGACUUGCGCAAGAAGAUCGAAGCCGAGAAGCGCAGGAAACACACCAUUGGGAGAACCCAGAAAAAUGAGGAAGAUGAUGAUUUCGUCGAUGAUAGUGAUGUCCAGAGUCGCUCAUCUUUCCCAGAAAGCUGGCUAUGGAAGACCGUCAGUGUGACCAAAAAGCUCAGCACCGUUGUGUACGUUCCAGACUCUAUCACUACGUGGGAGAUACAAGGAAUAGGAGUGUCCCAGGGGAAAGGAUUCUGCGUGGCUAAUCCGGUGAGAGUCAGCGUCUUCAAGGACUUCCAUAUUCACCUCCGGCUCCCGUAUUCCGUGAAGAGAUUUGAGCAGGUGGAGCUCAGACCGGUCUUGUACAAUUACUAUGAUCGGGAUCUGGAGGUAAAAUUGUUCAUGGAGAAGACAGAAGACAUCUGCAGCCCUAUUACAGCUGAUAAUAACCCUGUAGAGCAGACUGUAACCGUAGCUGCAAAAUCGGCUUUGUCUGUCCCAUUCGCUAUUGUCCCCAUUGGAAGGUCGAACCCAAUUGUGACACUGAAGGCUCUGGGACCCUUUGCAGUAACUGAUGCCGUGAAGAAAACACUUCGUAUAGAGAGGGAAGGCGUUGCAGUUGUUAAGGAGAAAACCCACUUUUUUAAUCUUAAAGAGAAAUCCUGGAGUGAAUUUGCAGUUGAUGAUGAUCUGCCUUCUAAUAUGAUCCCGGAUGGUGAUUUCCGGACUAGUGUGAAGAUGACGGUGGACAACCCAUUCAGCACAAUAAACAACAGUCUGACUGCUGAUGGAGUAAGCCGGCUGAUCCGGGUUCCAUACGGCUGCGCAGAGCAAACUAUGAUUUCCACAGCCCCGGGGGUGUACGCCCUGCGCUACCUGGACCACACUGAGAAGUGGACAUUGCUGCCUCCUGAUCGCAAAGACCAGGCAAAGGAAAACAUGAGGAACGGCUACCUACGGAUACUACAGUACAGGAAGCCCGAGGGAUCGUAUGGUGCAUGGAUCUAUAGGCCAAGCAGUACAUGGCUGACUGCUUUUGUGGUGAAAGUGAUGUCCCUGUGCCGUACAUACAUUGAUGUGAACGUGGAAGAGAUUCGCAACUCGGCCAACUACCUCACCAAUCAGCAGAACAGCAGCGGAGCCUUCCAGGAGAGCACUCCAGUCAUUCACCAGGAUAUGAUGGGCGGAAUGAGUGGGAAGAAUGCAGAGGUGUCUCUUACGGCCUACGUGCUUGUGGCUCUCCACCAUGCUAAAGACGCCCUCUCUGAAGAUGACACCAAAGUGAAGAGCAGCAUAAGUAAAGCCAUUGACUACCUGCGCACUAUGCAGAACUCCAUCUCAGACACCUAUACCCUGACUGUCACAGCCUACGCCCUAACUCUCACUUCCAGCGACUCCAUUUUGAAGGACAAUGUAUAUACAAAACUUAUGUCUGCCGUCCAAGUAGAACCCGGAAAAAAUGAGAUGUACGUAGGCCCCAAAGGCACAGCGCUUGCCAUUGAGACCACAGCGUAUGCGCUACUGACCACUCUGCUCAGAAACGACAUGACCAGUGCCCACAAACUGUACGCCUGGCUAUCGGAGCAGCAGAACUACGGCGGAGGCUUCAAAUCUACUCAGGACACAGUAAUGGCGCUGGAAGCUCUCUCUGAAUAUUGGAUUCACACCUUCAACAAUGAAAAGAAUGAGAUGUUUGUGGAAGUAAACUCUCUGGAAAAAUCUGGGAAGCAGACGUUUACCCUGAGGAGUGAGGAGAGCGUCCAGGAGGAGCUGAAAUCUAUGGGGACUAAAUUUAAGGUGAAAGUUUCCGGCAAAGGAACUGGCACUGUAACGGUGCUGAAGAUGUAUAACAUCAUGCAGGCAGAGACGUCAACUUGUUCGCAGCUUGGGUUGGAGGUCAAAGUGCAUGGAGACAACACUAAUACUGCUGAGACUGACUACAGCUACGACUAUGAUUAUGAGGAGGGAGAAAAGUCGGACGAGCCCAGAGACAACAUGUACUGGCAUGACCAGCGGACGAGAGUACGGAGAGAGAUCUCCCAGCCUAAAGCCAAGGAUGUGAGAGUUGUGUAUGAAGUAUGUCUCUGGAAAAAGCAGCCUGGUGCCUCUGGGAUGGCUAUUGUAGAUGUAACCCUGCUGAGCGGAUUUGAAGCCAGCACACAGGACCUGAACAAGCUGAAGGACGGCUUGGAGAUGUACAUCAGUCACUAUGAGAUCCAGGCUGGAAGACUCCUCUUGUAUUUUGAUAAGGUUUCCAAUGAUCGGAAUUGUGUGACAUUUGAAGCUAUUCAGACAGUGAAGAUCUCCCCUCUGCAGCCGGCAUCUGCAGUCUUGUACGACUUCUAUGAGCCCGAGAAUCAAUGCAGAGUGUUCUACGGAGCUCCGUCUACAGCAGCCUUCAUCACCACUCUAUGCUCAGGGGACGUCUGUCAGUGUGCAGAAGGUCCGUGCCCCAUGGCAAAGCAUACUCUGAAACUACAAGAUCCGAAUCGCCAAGAAUUUGCCUGCUACAGCCCCAGAGUGACAUACGGGCUCCGCGUGAACGUGGUAGAAGUGACUCAAGAAGGUUCAUUCACCGUCUAUAAAGCUGUAAUUGUGGAAGUUCUGCAGAAAAAUGCGGAUGAGAACAUUGCUGAAGACGACAUCCGGUACUUCUACCAACGCGCCGCAUGCAGAAUGCGCCUUGUGACAAAGGAGUAUCUGAUAAUGGGGCAGGACGGACACACCAAGGACGAGAAGGGACGGAUGAGAUAUUUCCUGGAAAGCAAUUCGUGGAUCGAGGAAUUAGCCAGCUCCGACGUCUGCAAGGCCACUCGUCACCGCAACAAGUGCACCGCCGUCAAUGAGUUCAUGGACAACUAUCGCAACAAUGGCUGCAUGGUGUAACUAAUUGUCAUUUAAUCUCGCAACAAUUACAGCUAACAUUUGCCUUUAUAUUCUUCCAAUGCUCCGCUUUUCUCUGCAAUAAACCAAUAAACGUGUUUUAUAAUCA